GGGACGUAGAGGGAGUGGUCCCAGAGGCAUGGCCGGUGGAGGUGCGGUAACGCGCUGAUUGUUGGAGAGAGAGAGAGAGAGAGAGAGAGAGAGAGAGAGAGAGAGAGAGAGAGGCGAUCAGCGCGGCUAAGCUGAGCGGAGCUGACGUCUGGCUGCUGAUUGUCGACUGCUGACUGAGCCGAGCCGGACGGCGGCGCGGGCGGAGAACCAUGGGGUGCGGCCAAAGCACCUCCGCCUCACCUGUGGUCGCUGAACAGAACGGACAAAUCUCGGAGGAGAGCGCCUCCAAAAAGGUGUACGAUGACCGCAUCACGCUGCCCAACAACCAGAAGUUCCGCAUCACCGUCUCGCCAGCCAGCACCGUCAUCGACGACGAGGGCGCCGCGCGGGCCCGCUCGGCCGGGGUGAAUCCUCAGGACGACUGCCAGCAGCGGCCAAAGACCGGCGAGGAGGGCGAGUUUGAACAGCCCGAGGCCGAGUUCGACGGCGGCAACCUCGGACUCAACAAUGUGGAGGAGGUGCCCCGCCUGCUGGACUCGCUGCCGGAGGGACAGCUGUACGAGGACGCAGAGUUCCCGGCGGAGGACUCCAGUCUGUACUUCAGCUCCCGCUCCACCGGCGACGAGGUCGUCUGGAAACGACCGCACGAGCUGGCCGAGAACGCCCAGCUGUUCGUCGAGGGUGUCAGCCGCCGCGAUGUGGUACAGGGCGUCCUCGGAGACUGCUGGUUCCUCUCCUCGUGCUGCGCCAUCGCCAAGGAGGCCAAACUCAUCGAACGGGUGGUUCCGCCUAACCAGCCGUUGAGCGGGGACGGCUACCACGGCUGUGUGCGGUUCAGCUUCUGGCGGUUCGGCGACUGGGUCGACGUCUACAUCGACGACCGGCUGCCCACCAAGAACGGCGCCCUCUUCAACGCCAAGUGUGUCGACCCGAACGAGUUCUGGGUGGCACUGCUCGAGAAAGCAUACGCCAAACUGCACGGCUCGUACGAGGCUCUGGAGGGCGGCCAGGCGAUGGACGCCCUGGUCGACCUGACCGGCGGCCUGGCCGAGCGGUUCGACCUGGCCGAGCACGACCAGAGCUACCUGUUCAGACACCUGUACAAGUCGACCGUGGCCGGCGCCUUCAUCACCUGCUCGAGAAAGGGCGACUGGCGGGAGGCGAACAAGGCUGACGAGCUGGGUCUGGUGCAGGGCCACGCGUACACGGUCACGGGCCUGGCGCGGCCCCAACACCAGACGCUGGGCCGGCCGCGCCUGGUGCGCAUCAGAAACCCGUGGGCCGACCACGUGGAGUGGAACGGAGCCUGGUCAGACAG